AUGGCUCAAGAUGCGGUACCUGCCGCUAACGCGAUUGUAUCGUUUAUUAAAUACUCUAAAUAUAACAGAUACAAAACCAAUAUGCCAAAGCAAUUCUCAUCUAACGACUCCAACCUGCUCAGGGAACUGCAGGUUCGGGCCAUUAAUGCUGGUGCUGUGUCGAAGGUGAAAAGAGACACGAUAGUCAACAUGGCAGCAUGGACUACCAAAGGCCAGCCUUGUGUACACGUCAGCUUUCGCCCCAUCCUAAGAGAUAACCUUAAUUACUCAGCAUUUCUACCCUUAUCUUUGGUAGAGAAAUGCGGUCAUGUUGUGGCAGGCGUAUGUGUAACGUCCCUGGAUCACUACCGGCACUUAGACCAACACAUAAAGUCCCUCUCUUUAAGUUUAGAUAAUAUUCUAGGAUCGCUCUUGGAAAGGCUCUGGCUAAGAUUAGAGAACAAUGUCAACCACGAUAGUCGGUAA